AUGGAACGAAUAAUUUAUUGUGUUGCUGCUGGCGUAUAUAGUAGAUCCUCAAGGCCAAAAAUGCAACAGAUAGUUGAAACUCUUGAAGAAAAAAUGCCACAUAAGAAAUUAUGGGUUGUGGAAGAAAUGCAAUCAUCAUCUGGGGAUUAUGAAGCAUAUGAACCGAGGAAAUUUACAUUUCUAGAACUAGCACGUGCAGCUGGUCAUUUCACCGACGGCAGAAGCCUUGGCCAUGGUGGUUUUGGUACUGUCUAUAGGGGAUCCCUUCCGACAGGCACUGACGUAGCUAUUAAGAAACUUGCAAGCAAUGGACAACAGCAAGAAGAAUUUGAGAAGGAGGUUAAUGCCGUUGGCAUUGUGCGUCACGGAAAUCUUGUUAAGCUUGUUGGCUACUGUAAUGAAGAAUCAGAUAGAUUGCUUGUUUUUGAGUUUGUUCCAAACAAAUCCUUGAGAGAUCACCUAAAAGAUGAUCAGCUAAGAUCAAAUUUGAAGUGGUCAGAAAGAAGGAAAAUUGCUAUAGGUUCUGCAAAAGGGUUGGCAUAUUUGCAUGAAGAAUGUAAUUCUAAAAUUAUCCACCAAGAUAUUAAGGCAGAAAAUAUACUUCUUGAAAAUAAUUAUAAACCAAAGAUUGCAGAUUUUGAGCUUGCCAAGUUUUUUCCAGAAACUAAUAGUGUCACUCACAUCAGCUCUCAUUGGAAAGGAACCAACGUUUAUGCAGAUCUAGCAAAUAAUUAUUCUCAAGAUGGUGAAAAUAAUCUUCAAAGAAUUUCUGAGAAGUCAGAUGUUUAUUCUUUCGGUGUUGUACUUUUAGAACUUAUUACUGGGAGAAAAAUUUUCGAUGAACACAAAGUUGAUAUUGUCAAUUGGGCAAAGCCCUUGAUUAUUAAAGGAGAUUCAGUGAAAAUCAAUUAUAGUCGUCUUGUUGAUUCCACUUUGAAAGGAGACUAUAAAGAAGGUGAAAUGGAACUAAUGAUUUAUUGUGCUGCUGCUAGGAUAUAUAGACCUCCAAAACUUCGACCAAGAAUGAAACAGAUAGUUGAAGUUCUUGAAGGAAAAAUUUCUUCUAAUGAAUUAUGGGUUGUGGAAGCAGCUCGUAGUUUCUCUGAAGCUCGCUUUCUUCGACAACAGCAUGAUUCUUGUACAGUCUAUUGGGGAGUGCUACCAAAUAGUGAUCAAAAGGUGGCAAUUAAGAGAUUUAGAUACAAGCUUUCUCAACAGCAAAAAGAAGAAUUCAAAAAAGAGAUUAUGGCUAUUAGCAAUGUUUAUCACCGAAAUAUUGUUAAUCUAAUUGGAUACUGCAGUGACGAUGAUGACAAACUGCUCGUCUAUGAGUUCGUUCCCAACAAUUCCUUGAAAUUUCAUUUACAUGGUGAGCCCUUUUAA